GGCUCUGGUGUAGGCCAGCGGCUACAGCUCCGAUUGGACCCCUAGCCUGGGAACCUCCAUAUGCCGAAGGAGCGGCUCAAGAAAAGGCAAAAAGACAAAAAAAGACCCCUAGAUUUCCCCCUCAUAUCCCACUGUGUAGAACUGUCACAUUUCCAUUCUUAGACCAGUCACUGGCAAGAAAAAUGGGAUUCCCAAGAUGGACUUAGAAUAGUUAAGAUUUACCCACACUGGUCAAGUGGUCAGCAAAGAAGGGUAGAUAGUGCUACUUACUAGCUUAUUUGCAAAAUAUGGAUAAUAAUGGCAAAUAUUUCAUUAAGAUUUGUGAAGAUUUAGGAGUUAAAGUGCUUAAGUAAUGCCUGGCACAUAAUAAAUGCUCAUCAGUAAAUGCUAUUAAAUAGUGCUUGUCAUUAAAUAACUGUUUGUUCUCCAGAUGAGAAAAUGGAUUCAGAAAACAAGUGCCUAUAUGUUACCUGAGGUUAGAAUUAAGGCCUGACUGACUCCAGAACCCACACUUUCCAAAGCACCAGCUGCCAAAGUUGGAAGUGGGCAGGCAUGGCACCCCUGCUCUCUUUACCUUGAAGGUAGAUGGGGUGACUGAGCCAGUAUGAUUAAAUCUGCACUACUUCACAGAAUUGCCCCUCAGCAUGAAAAUUUUGAAGCCCUCGAAAGUAGAGCCUGGAAACCCUAGGAUCCUGGCCUCUUACCAUCUCUACCCCUUCCAGGAUUCCACAGCCAGCCUGUCUCCAACCAGGACUUUAAGUAAAACCUCUCAGCUGGCAUGAAGUCUCUUGUUUAUCAAGGCUUGGCCUGUAAGCUGAUUAGCAGCUACAGGGCCCCACAAGCUUGGUUGUAGGGCCCACCCGGCAGCUGCAGGAAAGGCAGGGUGCUGGAGAAGUAGGCUGGCCAGCUGGUAUAGAGGAGCAGUUGGGAUUGACAGCAGCAGGAGUAUCUUCGGCGCCAGCAGUGCCUCCUCAGCCCAAGGAGAAGCAGGUCUUAGAAAAUGGGCCCUUUUAACCACAGGCUAAACUUUGGCCAGGUCAGCAUAAGGACAUUCAACUGCAAGGCCUAUCUCCCUCUCUGUGCCCCCUUGCCUUGAAUUGACACUCCCUUCCCUUGGCACCCUGGCUGCACCCCACAAACCCAGCUCACAGUUGCCACAAGUGGACUCCAGCUGUUGGGCCCAUUCUUCAUGUCAUGUCCUGGGAUUAGUUGGUUGAUGGGAGGGUCUAGGAUGUGUGGGUGGGAGUGGAUUCUGCUCUAGCUCAGCUCCUGAAGUCCAGGGCCCCAGAGAGAGCUGUAGCAGCCAGAAGAACAAGCGGUAAGAGAAGAAUGAUCUGGUGGGAUGGCAGGGAGAGGUGCAGGGCGGAGCAGUUGGGAGCUAGAGCCAUGGUGGGCAGAGCUGAGAGGGAGGGGGAGAUGGAAUACACACCCUCAGGGUCCCGGAAAAGACUGGCGCCUGAGAGUGUCAAAGGCAGAAGUACAAAUUUUGAUAUUGGAGGAUCCAUGUUUGGGGACACCCUAGGAGUGUAACUAUGUGCCAGAAAUACAAAAAGGACAUUGGCUUGUGCACUUACCCCCCUUGGGGAGAGGAGGCAUGUGCAAGAUGUCUCUGUCUCUAACACUCUGUGUGACUGUGUGGGUGUACACAUUUAUCCGUGCUGCCUGGAGGGGAAGGGAGCUAAUGGUUAUGAAGUAUCUCUCCAGUGUCAGCCAGUGCUCAAAGUUUUACUCAUGUUUUCUCAUAAUCCUCUCAAUAACCCUGUGAGGUAGGAAUUUUAAUCUCCAUUUUACAGCAGAGAAGACAGGUUCAGUGAAGCUGAGUAAUUUGCCCAAGGUCACGUGGCAGAUAAAUGUGUGUAUUUAGAAUCUGCCUGAUUCCCAGGCCUGUGCUCUUUUUGCUUUGCUGCCCAAAGUUUCAAAUCAAAACCAGGACUUGUUUGUGGUCAAAGACAAGGGAGAAGGAAACAGGCUGGAAGGCCUGAGAGAUGUGAAACAUUUUCAGCCCUGCACAAGGUGCUCCAGGCAAGCCCCAGGAGAGGACCUUCACCAAGGUCCGAGAUGAACAGCAGCGUUGAGGACCUGGGUGUUGGCAGCUGCAGCCCCUGGGACGACCCUGCUCGCUUCAUCGUCGUGCCUGCGGCCUACGCCUUAGCGCUGGCCCUGGGGCUGCCGGCCAACGUGGCGGCCCUGGCGGUGUUCGUCCGCAGCGGCCGGCGCCUGGGCCAGGCCCUGCGUCUCUACCUGCUCAACCUGGCCCUAGCCGACGUGCUCUUCACGCUCACGCUGCCGCUGUGGCUCACCUACUACCUUGGCCCGGCCCACUGGCCCUUCCCGGAGGCCGCCUGCCGCGCGGCGGGGGCUGCCUACUACGUGUCCACCUACGCGGCCGUCGCCUUCGCCGCGCUCAUCAGCGUGUGCCGCUGCGGCUCGGUGCGCCGGCCCGGGCCCAGGGCGACCGCCCGCUCGGCGCUGCGCCGCCGCGGGCCCGCCCGCGCCGCCUGCGCCGCCGCCUGGCUGGCGGGCCUGGCUUGUGCAGCGCCCUCACUGGCCGCCCCGCACGCGCUGCGCCCCGGACCGGGCGGCUCCGCUCGCUGCCUGGAGCGCGGCUGGGCGCGUGCGGGCCUGGCCUACGCCACCGUGGCCUUCUUCGCUGCCGCCUUCCUGCUGGUGCUCGCGGCCUACGUGAGCCUGGCGCGGGCGCUCGCGGCGCCCUCGGGCCCGGGCCCGGCCCCCACCGGCCCGCACCGGCGCGCGGCCAGGACCAUGGUCCUGGGGCUCUUGCUGGUCUUCGCCCUCUGCCUGGCGCCCUACCACCUGCUGCUGGCGCCGUGGGUGGCCGGGCAGGAGGGCGCCGCGGGCCCCGACGGCGGCGGGUGCCGCGCCGCCUCCACGCUCGACGUCCUGCACACUCUCAGCCUAGCACUGCUAAGUCUCAACAGCUGCCUAGACCCGCUCAUCUACUGCUUCUCCGUGCGCCGCUUCCGCCAGGACUGCUGGGCGUUGAGCUGCCUCCCGGGAGUGGGGGUGCCCGGGGCGCACGCGGCAUCUUUGUCCUCCUCGGCCUCCUAGAGCGGGCCUUGACCUGCUGUCUGCUUCACUACUGCCACCCUCUCAGUGGCGUCCUGGGUGGAGAAAACUCUUUGGAAGGACCUAGAAUCCAACCCCGAUGCAGCCACAUACUAGCCUCGGUAGCUGUAAACCUCUGGGCUCUGACCAAAAGGGAAAGAACAUUCUUUGAACCCGAAUGUUCCCAAGACUUUGCCAGCUUUUGGAUACACAUAAAUGCGAUUGCUUUUUAAAUCUCCUGGGAUGAAACCCGAGGUCCUUAAAAGGGCCUGAAAGGCCUAACUGGCUUCUGUUUCCCUCUCAGCAUCCUCUCAUCCUCAUCCUCCUUCUUUUCUGCCACCUCUGCCCCUCUCCGCAGCUUAAGUCACCUUCUCGGUCCCUGGAAUAGACCUGUUUCCUGCCCUUCAAGGCCUUUGCACCUGACUGCCAGGAAUGAUAUCCUUCUGUCUCCCUUGGUAAAUUAAUCUCUUUUCCCCCUCACCUCCUCAAAAGCAACUAUAGGGAAGGCUUUCUAGACCAGCGCCAUACACACCAUACCCUAGACUGGAUUAGAUAUGAUUGCUCCUUUAUAGCUCUUUCCAUAAUUGCAAUCAAGCAAUUAAUUCUUUUUCUUUUCCUUGGCUGUGGCCCUGGCAUGCAGAAUUCCUGGGCCAGGGAUAGAACCCAGCCACAACAGCACCUGAGCAUCAGCAGUGACAAUGCUGGAUCCUUAACUGGCUGAGUCACCAGGGAACUCCCAAUUUUUUUCCCUUUGUUCCUUCUCUUUUCAGAAUAUAUUCAUGUUGAGCCAUAAGAAAGUGCUGUGUUGUUUUUUUUUUUUUUAGUCCAAAAACGUCGAAUAGUAGCAAUUUUGUUUUCAUCCAAUUCAACUUAAAUUCCAUGUUUGUCUUAUUUACUGCUUGCUACUGUGCAUGUAGUAAGACCUCAAUAUGUCAGAAGAAUACAUGAAACCUGAAUAUAUCAUUAGCUUAACAUGCUCAAGGACUCACUCAGACCUUCCAGUCUCUGGUAGAUUUUCCUCAAGUGCCUCUGGGAUUUUACAAGCUUGUAUUACCCAGAUGCAUUCCUGACCUGGUCCUGAUGAUUGCUUCCUUCUGCUGUUGCUGGAUACCUGCAAGUCUGCCAUCACCUCAACUGUGCCAAGACUCCUGUGCCAAGACUUGGUGAUAACCAAGCUGGAGAUCCGUCCUGCUGUUAGUUGGGAUAGGGAUCAGCCAGACUCACUGCCUUCUGCUUCGGCUGAGCUGGGACUCUGUCACUGGGUGCAAAUCCCUGCCAAUGGCUCUGGCCACCAGUGCUUUCCCUCCUUGUAUCUUGAUGACUCAGCAGUUGGCUUCAAGUGGGGAAGGGAACCACUCUCUCUCCUCAGCCAUGCUAUUGGGGGCCCCACAGCAAGACUGCUUAGGUCUCAAGGAGUUUACCUUAACAAGGGAGGGCUGCGUGUUCAUGUUGCCAAGUUGGCUGGGUUGGGAAGGGUUUACUAAUCAGCCACCAUGUCUUAUGGACCUCAGGCCCUAUUGCUGAAUUUGCCUUCUAAUGGUAAAUUUGGUAAAUUUCUUUUUAAAAAAAUUUAUAUUAUAGUUGAUUUCAAUGUUCUGUCAAUUUCUACUGUAUAGCAAAAUGAAUAUAGUUCCCUGUACUGUACAGCAGGACCUUAUUUAUCCAUUCUAAAUGUAAUAGUUUGUACCUACUAACCCCAAACUCCCAGUCCAUCCCAAUCCCUCCCCCCUCCCUUUGGCAACCACAAAUCUGCUCUCCAUGUCUGUGAAACUGUUUCUGUUCUAUAGAUAGGUUCAUAUGUGCCAUAUUUUAGAUUCCACAUGUAAGUGAUAUCGCAUGGUAUUUGUCUUCUUUCUGACUUCGCUUAGUAUGAGAAUCUUGAUGUUGCUGCAAAUGGCAUUACAUUGUUCUCUUUUAUGGCUUAGUAGUAUUCCAUUAUGUAUAUGUACCACAUCUUCUUAUAAAUUCCUUCUUGUAAUUUUGAUAAAUUACCUUUCGUUGGUCCCUAAUUCCUCCUUUAAAUAUUUUCUUUUACAUUUUAAAAGUAAUGCAUGUUUAUGAAAAUAAGUUCAGUUCCCUUCUGGCACAGCGGGUUAAAUAUUCAGUGUUGUCACUGCAGUGACCCAGGUCACUGCUAUGCCACAGGUUUGAUCCACAUCCUGCAGGUGUGCCACCACCCCCCGCCUCUGCAUAAAGAAAUUAAGUUCAAAGCAGUAGAGAACAACGCAAAAUAGAAAAUAAAGGAAUCCCCAGAGGUAACCACUGUUCAGUUUCUUGUGUAGAUCUUUCCCGAGGUUUUCUAUUGCAGUACAAAAUAUAUAUAUAGUCAAUUUCCUUCAAAAAUCCACACAUGGGAUAGUAUUAGAAGGCUAUUCUGGGCUUUUCUCUUUUAAUAUAUCUUGUACAUCUUUUUAUAUCAGCACAUAUAGAUCUACCUCAUUCUUCUUAACAGAUGCAGAGUAUUUAUUUCACUCGAUUGGUCCCCCUGUUGAUGGACAGUUGUUUCCAUUAUUUUACUGUGAUACACAAUGAUGCAAUGAGUGUUCUUGUCCACAAAUCUUUGCCCACUUCCAAGUCUGUAGAAUAAAUUCCUGGCAAUAAAAUUGCUGUCUCAAAAAGUAUGUGUAUGCACUUAAAUUGCUUAAUUACAUCACCAAUUUCCCUCCCAAAGUGUGGCACCAAUUACAUACCCAUCCAUAGCAUGUAACCAUCCCCAUUUUACCACACCCUCAGGGGGACUGGAUAUUAUCACCUGCCUCCUUCUUGAAUCUGAACUCUUGUCUGUAUUUCAACUCUGAGCAUGGUUAACUUGUUUCUUUUUCCUAGAAGGCUUCUCAGUCUCCUCCAUAGCUAUUGGAAACCCAGUGGGGCGGGGGAGUGGGAAAAGAAAGGGCAGAGCCUGAGACCUCACACCAGCCAAACCCUAGUGUAUCUGGCUUCCUGGAGAAAUUAACCUGAAAGCCCAAAUACACACUGAUAGGUCCACAGUAGUUGUUGUCUCUCCUUUCUUGGAAAUUAGGUUGGCUUAUUUCAUGCAGUGCUGACCAUCAUCUCAGGCCAAGGCCAGGAGACAGCCUGGGCCCACAUCACUUCACUUGGUCAGGUGGAAAGAAUUGCUCAGCCCCACAGGCUGUGCAAAUCUGGGUUUCUGAGAAAUGAUCCUGUGUCCACACUAGAGCCCGCUGAAUCUCCUGAGGCUGAGUUUGAUUCUGUCCAAAUAAAAAAUGAUCCCCUGUGGCAUCAUCCUUCCCUGUAGUCUUGUACUGUCUUCCUUUUGAUGUGACUUUUCCCUUAAUAAACUUGUCAGUUCCCUUUGGGAAAUGUUUAGCUUAGUCUUCUGUGUUUGACCUGGAGAAAAAGAAUUUGAGAGUUGAUUGCCUAUGGGAGGACAGACACAGUGGAAGGACAGCCUCUGUCUGGAGUUACAGUGUGUGGGAAUUACCCUCCUCUCUCCUUGUUGACUCAGGAGAGUAGAAACCUGGGGUGAGGACCCAGAGGCAAAGAGCCUGAGGUAUGAGAGAGAGCAGAUGUUUUGUACUGUCAAUCCUUUUGGAUUCUUGGUUACCUUACUUAUUCUAAACUUUCAAAAAUUUGACCAAAGACCUUCCCUCAAUCCAGGAUGGAGAAGAGUGAGCCUAGGUUGGUCCUUGAUUAGAUGCCAGACACCGUCUUUCUCUAGGAUCCAGGAAAAACUCAUCUGUCAACUGUUUUCAGCAGGUAGGGGGAGUCUAGGGUGUGUUUUCAGUAUGCCCAAGACCCCUCCUCCUCCUGAUAGGGCCAAGGAUAGCCAAAUCCUGCCCCUGCCCACCCAGGCCACACCCUGUGGCUGUGAGGUCCUAAAGUGGCAGGGGGAAGUUGCUCCUGACACAGAGAGGAGAGCCUCCCUUUUCUUUUGGACCUGCUCUUUCUCUCAGCUCAAUUACAGUCCAGAUCUCUGAACCCCGCCGAACCCUGUUCCUGCCUUUGGCUAGGGCUGCUCCAGGUUCUUGGCUCUGCACACACUUGCUUGGGGUCCAUCAGAAAGCCCUCCAUCCUCUGUGACCCUCUGUGCUCUUCCUGAGUCCUCACCUCCACACCAGGCCACACCUGUUCCCUCUGCCUCUGUAGGGAAGCCUGUCAGACUGCAGCUUUUUUGUUGUUGUUGGGGGGCCACACCUGUGACAUAUGGAAUUAAUUUCCCAGGCUAGGGGUCGAAGCAGAGCUUCAG